AUACAUAUGAGUUAAAACCUCGUUUCCUUCUUCGCCCACUACUAACUCCUCCAGUCGCGAAACCGCCGCUGCAGCACCUCCACGGCCGUCUUAUCACCGGAUAAUCCAUAGAUUUUUGCAGAUGGAGGUGGAUAAGAAGGAUGAGAGAGAGUCUGAAUCUUCGGAGCAAGUGGUGAAUCCAUGGGAAGUAUCUGCCAAAGACGGUGGGAAGAUCGAUUACGAUAAGCUCAUUGACAAAUUUGGUUGUCAGAGGCUUGACGAAUCACUGAUUGAUCGUGUUCAGAGACUAACUUCUCGUCAACCACACGUAUUUCUCCGCCGUGGUGUCUUCUUCGCCCACCGGGAUUUCAAUGAGAUUUUGGACGCCUACGAGAAAGGAGACAAGUUCUAUCUCUACACUGGAAGAGGACCUUCGUCAGAAGCUUUACAUUUAGGGCAUUUGAUUCCUUUCAUGUUUACCAAAUACUUGCAAGAAGCUUUCAAGGUUCCCCUUGUUAUACAGCUCACUGAUGAUGAAAAAUGCUUGUGGAAGAACUUAUCGGUGGAGGAAAGUCAAAGACUUGCCAGAGAAAAUGCGAAAGAUAUAAUUGCUUGUGGGUUCGAUGUAACAAAGACCUUCAUUUUCUCUGACUUCGACUAUGUUGGUGGUGCUUUCUAUAAAAACAUGGUGAAGGUCUCCAAGUGCGUUACCCUUAAUAAGGCUAUUGGAAUCUUUGGCUUUUCCGGUGAAGAUCCUAUCGGGAAACUGAGUUUCCCUCCUGUGCAGGCAGUUCCAUCUUUUCCUAGCUCAUUCCCACAUUUGUUCCCUGGCAAGGACAAUCUCCGCUGUUUGAUUCCUUGUGCUAUUGACCAGGAUCCUUAUUUUAGAAUGACUCGUGAUGUUGCACCCCGGUUAGGCUAUAGCAAGCCGGCCCUGAUUGAGUCAUCAUUUUUUCCUGCUCUGCAGGGAGAGAAUGGAAAAAUGUCUGCUAGUGAUCCAAAUUCUGCUAUCUAUGUGACCGAUACCGCGAAAGAAAUUAAAAACAAGAUAAACAGAUAUGCGUUUAGUGGUGGACAGGAGUCCGUCGAGAAGCACAGAGAACUUGGAGCAAAUCUCGAGGUAGACAUACCCGUCAAGUAUCUAAGUUUCUUCCUCGAAGAUGAUUCCGAACUAGAACACAUUAAAAAGGAGUACGGAGAAGGAAGAAUGCUAACGGGGGAAGUAAAGAAGAGACUUACUGAAGUGUUGACAGAAAUGGUGGAGAGACACCGAAGGGCUCGAGCUGCUGUUACUGAUGAGAUGGUGGAUGCUUUCAUGGCUGUGAGACCUCUCCCAAGCAUGUUCGAAUAGAAGAAGAAGCUCCUUUUUUAGCUGCUCUGUAAACUUCACAUCACACCGGAUUUAGACAUUUCUAUAUAAUGAUUUGUAAGGAUAAAUUAGUCCUUGAAAUACUUUUGCUACUUUCAUUUUCCUAGUUUUUAUAUAUAAUAUUAAAAUUAAAUUCUAAAAAGAUAAUAAGAUAUUGUUUUCACC